CCGCAGAGUCUUCAGGAGCGAAAGCGCACUUCCUCUGCUCUGGCUCGACCUGUGUUUCAUCUGAAGUCAUGACAGUUACACCAGUCCGUGAUCUGAGGAGGAUCUUACCCAGGACGUAUAAUCACAGGAGAGAGGUUCUGUCGGAGAUCGCUACGGUCGUGUCUCGGCAUCAGCACCUUCAGCCAGUGCUGGAGAGAUUUGUCUUUAAUGAUGGCACAGCGAGGACCUUGGCUGGUUUGACUGGAACAAUUAAGGUGUUUUAUGAAGGGAAACACUACAAUAUUCCAGUGAGUUUGUGGCUGAAGGAAAGUUAUCCGCGCACUGCGCCCAUCUGCUAUGUGAAACCCACGUGGGAGAUGCUGAUCGUGACCGGCAGACACGUCGACAGCAGUGGAGAGAUCCUGAUGCCUUACCUGGACGAGUGGAGACAUACGCAGUGUGACCUGCACAGCUUGAUUCAGGUUAUGAAGGCCGUGUUUAGUGAAGUUCCUCCUCUGCGUAUGCGUCUUUACCCAGAAGACUCAGGUUCUGCUUAUUACAAACGCUCAGUUGAGGAAAUCUCACACGUGACGCUGGACAGAGAGGACGAUCUUCCUUUCUCUGAACAUAACGAAACCGUCUGUUAGCUUGCUAGAUGUAUCUGCAAUGUGAUUUUGUACACGCGUGUUCUUGUUAAAGUAGACAUUUGCAUGAA